AUGUGCCCCAAAUGCAGCCAGGUAGCCCGGCCCUGAAGCACCAGCUGCUGACACUUAUCCUGUGGAUUAUGUAUUCUGCCCUGUCUGCGUGUGUGCGUGUGUGGUGGGUGCAGCUGUGCGUGCUCAUCGAGCGCAUCCCGAAGGCCUCUGGGUCGCUGGUGGCCGAUCCCUUCGGCGGCCCGCUCCGCGACGUGACGGUCCACCAGGCUGACGCGCAGGGCGGCUUCACCAUGGCUGACUCGACGUGGAAGGCCUCCUACUACUCCGCCACGAUCAAGGACCACUGCCUCCCCAUGAUCGCCACGCAGUCCAUCAAGUCGUCACCAUGGUGGGUCAACACAGAUACUCCGCAAGGGGCUGGCUGCUCAGGUGUGGCCGAAAGUGAUGACUGCCCAUGA